CUUGCUCUCCUCAAAAUGCGACUUUUUUGCCCCUGCAGAAAUGAAGACGGACUGAAAACAAAGCGUAUUUCCUUUUUCACCACCAGAGGGCGCCAGCGUUCUGGGACCGAGACAGCGGGUGUGCUGGAAUUCCCAGCCUUCCUAAGUGAGUCUUUGGAAGUCCUUUGUCUGAAUGACAAUCACCUGGACACCGUCCCUCCCUCGGUUUGCCUCCUGAAGAGCUUAUCAGAACUCUACCUGGGAAACAAUCCUGGCCUCCGCGAGCUCACUUCUGAGCUGGGACAGCUAAGCAACCUCUGGCAGUUGGACAUCGAAGACCUGAACAUCAACAACGUGCCCAUGGAGAUCAAAAAAGAAGAACACAUGGAAAGUGUUCCUUCAAGACGGGAUUUUGUUUCCCAAGAGCUAUGAGCAUAUUCUCGUCCGUAU